AUGGGCUUCAACAGCCUCCCGACUGAGAUUUUCAUUCAUAUUCUGAAGAAUGACGACUCGCGUCUCCUCAAUGCGACUGCUCGUUCGCGCGCAUUGAUGGGCGUCUGCCGCCACUGGUACAAUAUCAUCACGUCGAUACCGGAGUUUUGGACAAGCGUACAUGUUCUUUUGGAUUCAAUGCCUCUAUCUCGUUUCAACUGGACGCUGUUUCUGCUUUCAGAGCAGUUGAGGCGUUGCAAGGGCGCGCUAAUCGACGUGACCUGGCAAGUUCGCGUCGGUACGUAUCACCCAGACGAGAUACUCAAGGUAUUCGGUACACACGCGCCAUUCAAGCAAUGGAGGUCGAUCUCAAUCAUACGCCACGACGGGGCUCCCCCAUCUGCUGCCUCUCUCGCAUCGCUAGGAAUCUUCAACUCGCUAGAAGAAAUAUGUGAUCUUUCACAAAAGAUAGACUGGGCCAUUAGAUAUAUCGAAACCACCCUCCCGUCGGACGCUCCACUCAGAUCAUUACAGUGCAAUAUCCCCUAUUCCUUGAUCGCUGGUAUGCCGGCGUUCCGUGUUCCAGAUGCACUCCACAAUAUCCUUCGGAAAGUCAAAAUGCUUCGACUUAUGAAUAUGCCGCGUGGAGGAACGUUGUGGGACGACCUCCCUGCAAAUAUCACCGAGCUCUUGGUGGAGCGGCUCGCCGAUCUAAAGAGAUUAGAUCUCUCGCAUAUAGAAAGCCUCUUUGUCCAGGAUGCCGUCACCAACCCAAACUUGACAUCCUUUACCUUUCCCGCCCUUACCAGACUCGAUAUCCGGCCUAUGAAUUGGCCCACCAGGAGACGGGUCGUCUUCCCGUGCCUCCUUGAGCUUUGUCUUCGCGGAACACAGCACGACUCCAUCGAGUAUAUCAGCGCUCCAAUGCUGGAAAAGCUCAUCUUCAAUAGUGAGGGAGAAUGGCACAAACCGGAGCUUCUAGAGGGCACACUGGCCCUUCCAGAGUACUCUCUUUGGCCCAAGAAGGAGCUAGAACUCCGUCUUCUCGUGUCAGCUCAAGUAGUGGGUCGCUUCCUUGAGCGCCUGCCGGAACUGGAGAAACUGGUGCUAUAUAUGCAGGGGACGUCCAUAGACCUCGUGGUCAUACAACAAAUCCUGACUCCAUCGCGCAAAUCUUCAAAUGGCGACGGUGGAACGAGGUUGCGCUCGCUCAGGGUCUACCUCGAGCGAGACCAGAGAGACGCAAACGCCUGGACAUGGGAAUGGUGCCUGAGUAGGAAUCCUGGAAUGAAGGAGGGUAUGAAGACAACGAGCAUGGAGUAUUUCUGGACAAGAUCUUCACAGCCCAGUUCGUUUAAGACCUCCUUACCAUACUGGUUUCGAUACUAG